CGAUGGGGGACUCCAAAGUGAAGGUGGCGGUGCGCGUCCGCCCCAUGAACCGGCGAGAGCUUGAUCUGCAUACAAAAUGUGUGGUGGAUGUGGAUGCAAACAAGGUUAUUCUUCAUCCUGUAAACACCAACCUUUCAAAAGGAGAUGCCAGGACCCAACCAAAGGUGUUUGCUUACGAUCACUGCUUUUGGUCUAUGGAUGAAUCUGUCAAAGAAAAAUAUGCAGGUCAAGAUGUUGUUUUCAAGUGCCUUGGAGAGAAUAUUCUUCAGAAUGCUUUUGAAGGCUAUAAUGCUUGCAUUUUUGCCUAUGGGCAAACUGGAUCUGGAAAAUCAUACACAAUGAUGGGUACUGCUGACCAGCCUGGAUUAAUCCCUAGACUUUGCAGUGGACUCUUUGAAAGAGCACAGAAAGAAGAAAAUGAAGAGCAGAGUUUCAAAGUGGAAGUAUCCUACAUGGAGAUAUACAAUGAGAAAGUCAGAGAUCUUCUUGACCCAAAAGGAAGCCGUCAGUCAUUAAAAGUUAGAGAACACAGUGUUUAUGGUCCUUAUGUAGAUGGCCUAUCCAAACUAGCUGUUGCUAGCUACAAGGACAUCGAGUCCUUGAUGUCCGAGGGCAACAAAUCUCGAACAGUGGCUGCAACCAACAUGAAUGAGGAGAGCAGUCGGUCCCAUGCAGUCUUCAAGAUUAUCCUCACCCACACACUCUAUGAUGUACAAUCGGGGACGUCAGGUGAGAAGGUGGGUAAGCUGAGUCUGGUGGACUUGGCAGGUAGUGAAAGGGCAACUAAGACUGGUGCUGCCGGAGACAGGCUGAAAGAAGGAAGCAACAUUAACAAAUCCCUCACAACUCUUGGGCUGGUUAUUUCUGCCCUGGCAGAUCAGGCUGCUGGCAAGAACAAGAACAAAUUUGUUCCUUAUCGUGAUUCUGUGCUUACUUGGUUACUUAAAGAUAGCCUUGGUGGUAACAGCAAGACUGCCAUGGUAGCAACAGUAAGCCCAGCAGCAGACAACUAUGAUGAGACCCUUUCAACACUGAGGUACGCAGACCGGGCCAAGAACAUCGUUAAUCAUGCCGUGGUGAACGAAGACCCCAACGCUCGCAUUAUUCGGGAGCUCCGUGAGGAAGUGGAGAAGCUGCGAGAGCAGCUCACAAAAGCAGAGGCAAUGAAAUCACCAGAAUUAAAAGAACGAUUGGAGGAGUCAGAGAAGUUGAUUCAGGAAAUGACUGUGACCUGGGAAGAAAAAUUAAGAAAAACUGAGGAGAUAGCACAGGAGCGUCAGAAACAGUUGGAAAGCCUUGGCAUAUCUCUUCAGUCUUCUGGAAUAAAAGUUGGGGAUAAUAAGUGCUUCCUGGUUAAUUUGAAUGCAGAUCCAGCUCUCAAUGAACUUCUGGUAUACUAUUUAAAGGAGCACACGUUAAUAGGCUCAGACAACUCUCAAGAUAUCCAGCUGUGUGGAAUGGGAAUUCUUCCUGAACACUGCAUUAUAGACAUCACCCCAGAAGGACAGGUUAUGUUAACACCUCAAAAAAAUACUAGGACAUUCGUAAAUGGUUCUGCUGUCGUGUGUCCUAUCCAGCUACAUCAUGGAGACAGAAUACUGUGGGGAAACAACCACUUCUUCAGGCUGAAUUUGCCAAAGAAGAAAAAGAAGGCAGAUCAUGAGGAUGAAGAGCGAGACAACUCUAUGAAGUGCAGUAAUAGUGUUGAGCAGCUGGACAUAGAUGGAGACAAUUCCAGUGAAGUGUCUAGUGAGAUUAGCUUCAGCUAUGAAUAUGCCCAGAUGGAAGUCACUAUGAAGGCACUUGGUAGUAAUGAUCCAAUGCAGUCAAUCUUGCAAAGCCUGGAGCAGCAACACGAAGAGGAGAAGAGAUCUGCGCUUGAACGGCAGAGACUGAUGUAUGAACAUGAACUGGAGCAAUUACGAAGGCGAUUGUCGCCAGAGAAGCAGCAUUUCCGCAGCAUGGACAGGUUCUCCUUUCAUUCUCCCAGCGCUCAGCAGCGCUUACGGCAGUGGGCGGAGGAGAGAGAAGAAAUGUUGACCCACAGCCUGAGAAAGCUGCGAGAGCAGAUUGUUAAAGCCAAUUUGUAUGUGAGAGAAGCCAAUUUUAUUGGAGAGGAAUUGGACAAGAGGACAGAGUAUAAAGUUACCCUCCAGAUCCCAGCUUCAAGCCUUAAUGCUAACAGUAAGAGAGGUGCAAUUCUCAGUGAGCCUGCUAUUCAGGUGAGAAGGAAAGGGAAAGGCAAACAGAUUUGGUCACUGGAAAAGCUGGAGAAUCGAUUGGUAGAUAUGAGGGAUCUUUACCAGGAGUGGAAAGACUGUGAGGAAGACAACCCAGUGAUGAGAGCUUACUUCAGGCGAGCUGAUCCGUUCUACGAUGAGCAGGAAAACCACAGCCUUAUUGGAGUAGCCAAUGUUUUUCUUGAGUGCCUGUUCUAUGACGUGAAGCUGCAAUAUGCUGUUCCAAUCAUCAAUCAGAAGGGAGAGGUAUCGGGUCGUCUCCACGUUGAAAUUGUUCGAGUGAGUGGAGAGAUAGACGACAGGUUGGUUGGAGGUGAGGAUAGUCCAGACUAUUCAAAUGAAAAUGACACUCAGGAGAGAAAACUUGUCUGCAGGAUUAAAAUACUUCAGGCUACAGGUUUGCCACAGCACCUCUCCAACUUUGUGUUCUGCAAAUACACAUUCUGGGAUCAACCGGAGCCAGUUGAUGUUGCACCUGAGCUGGAUCCUUCCUUAUCUUCCAUCAGCAAGGAGCCACGGUGCAUGGUUGUCUUCGAUCACUGCAAUGAAGUUUCUGUAAAUAUUUCCGAAGACUUCAUGGAACAUCUUUAUGAUGGUGCUUUGGCAAUUGAAGUAUAUGGGCACAAGCAGAGUGGUGACCGCAAAAAUCCAGCCCUGUGGGAUUUAGGAAUAAUUCAAGCCAAAACACGCAGCCUUCGUGACAGGUGGAGUGAAGUAACCCGAAAAGUAGAACUCUGGGUUCAAAUUCUAGAGCUGAAUGAGAAUGGGGAAUACUGCCCAGUUGAGGUGACUCCUGCCAAGGAUGUAUGCACAGGAGGCAUCUUCCAGCUCAGGCAGGGGCAAUCUCGACGAAUUCAGGUUGAAGUGAGAUCUGUACAGGAAUCUGGGACCUUGCCACUGAUGGAGGAAUCAAUAUUAUCUGUUGGCAUUGGCUGUGUUCAAAUAAAACACGUCAAGUCACAAAAAGUACCUGAAAAUUAUCAGGAAGAAGAGGACGAAAUGGACAGCUAUCAGGAUAGGGAUUUGGAGAGGCUCCGUCGGAAAUGGCUGUGUGCCUUAACAAAGCGUCAGGAGUAUCUUGAUCAGCAAUUGCAAAAACUCGUUGGGAAGCCUGAUAAAACAGAAGAUGAUGCAGAUCGGGAGGCACAGCUUUUAGAGAUGAGGCUAACGCUCACUGAAGAAAGGAAUGCUGUAAUGGUUCCUUCUGCUGGCAGUGGGAUCCCUGGAGCUCCAGCGGAGUGGACUCCUGUGCCUGGUAUGGAAACUCACAUUCCUGUUAUUUUUCUUGACUUGAAUGCUGAUGACUUCAGUUCCCAAGAUAACCUUGAUGACCCAGAAGCAGGUGGGUGGGAUGCUACUCUUGUUGCAGAAGAGGAGGAGGAAUUCUUUGAACUGCAGAUUGUGAAGCAUCAUGAUAGUGAGGUGAAAGCAGAAGCCUCAUGGGAUUCCACAGUCCACGACUGUAUCCAGCUCAGUAAAGGAACAGCAGCAGAUGAAAGAGUUUACCUUAUUGUGAGAGCCACUGUCCAGCUCAGCCAUCCUGCAGAAAUGCAAUUAGUGUUACGCAAGCGCAUUUGUGUUAACGUGUAUGGCAGACAGGGUUUUGCACAGAGUUUCCUCCGAAGAAUGUCUCACCGAAGUUCCAUUCCUGGCUGUGGUGUCACUUUUGAGAUAGUCUCAAAUAUUCCAGAGGAUGCUCAAGGAGCUGAAGAGCGGGAGGCACUAGCCAGAAUGGCAGCAAAUGUUGAAGACGCAGCUUCAGCUGACUCUGAAGCCUAUAUUGAGAAGUACUUGCGGAGUGUGCUGGCUGUGGAGAACAUUCUCACCUUGGAUCGUCUGCGCCAGGAAGUUGCUGUAAAAGAGCAGCUAAUGGGAAAAGGAAAACUCUACCGCAGGAGCCUGAGCUCUCCCAACGUGAAUCGCCUUUCUGGAAGCCGCCAAGAUUUAGCACCGCCUUAUAACCUGAGCAGUAACCGGGGCCGAUGGGAGAGUCAGCAAGAUGUAUCCCAAGGUGCCGCAAAUUCCUGUAGAGGCAUUAGUCCAUCUCGUACCUCUCUGCCGGGCUCUGGGCAGCAAAACCACUCUCCUGAUCCGGGUAUUGGUAGCCUUGCUGCUUCCUACCUGAAUCCUGUAAAGUCCUUUGUGCCUCAGAUGCCAAAGCUGCUGAAGUCUCUCUUUCCCGUUAGAGAUGAGAAAAAGGGCAGGCAGACCUCUCCUCUUGUACAGCAGGCUGUCCCACGAAUUAUGGUUCAGUCUGCCAGUAUUGAUGCCAGUGCUGCAAAGAUAAAACAGAUUAACCAAGAGCAAGUAGGGAAACAGCCAUUUGAAACUGCAGUGCAGACGUCUGAGGCGAACAAGAGUCCGGAAAAGACACCCACAGUGCCUUUGCAGCAGCCCGCAGGAGACACCCAGGCACAGGACUCCCAGGAAGGACCUCCAAGUCCUCUGAGCGAAGCCUCCAGUGGGUACUUUUCUCAUAGCGUCUCAACAGCCACCCUCUCUGAAGCCCUUGCAGCGGGAAGUGAUGCUGUGGCUCAAGCAGGAGGUCAAAUGCCUGCAGUGAGUGACUUCCCAGCUCCCGCUGUGGCUCAGGUCUCUUCUUCUGACAUGCCAGGGCACUCGGGCAGUUCUUCAGAAAGCUGUCUCAGUACUAAGAGAGAGAGUCUACCCGCCGUCAGCCUUCAAAGUGCUCACGCAAGACCUAAAGACAGCACUGAAGUGAAUGGAAAUGAUGCUUUGAAAUCAAAAUCUUGCACGUCUCCUGUGACUCGAAGUGAGCAGGCAAACGAUGCCUCUGUAGCCACUGAUGCAAAAACCUUUCUUUCUACCUCCACUCCAAAGAAGGAGUUGUUAUCCAAACAAUCAAUGGAGUCAGCAGGACAAGCUAGGAAAAAAGAAAUGGCUUCUGGAGCUUCAGAACUGGGGUUUCCCAAACCACAGAUUCAUCCCGACCAAUUAUCCCAGCCUGGCAUUGCAGCCUCCCCCUUCAAAAUCCAGAAAGUCAAGACAUCAGAGCUGAAGUCCUUUACAAGCAUGCUGGGGACAGAUCCCACGUGUUCACUAAACACAGAAGAGCAGCCUGAAGGAGAAAAGAGCACGUCUGCUGCCCGUGGACUGAACCAUAAUGGAUCAGAGAUGGCAGAAGAAAAACUGGAGGUGAAUUCUGACUCCGAAGAUGCCAAUGAAAUUCCUGAGUGGCUGAAAGAGGGAGAAUAUGUCACAGUUGGCGCAAAUAAGACGGGCACCGUUAGAUAUAUUGGGCCCACAGACUUUCAAGAGGGAACAUGGGUUGGUGUCGAGCUGGAUUUACCUUCAGGUAAGAACGAUGGCUCGAUUGGAGGGAAACAGUAUUUCAGAUGCAACCCAGGCUACGGAUUGCUUGUGAAACCAGGCAGAGUUAAAAAGGCCACGGGACCAGCAAGACGGCGGAGCACCGGGUUGAGGUUGCAAGGAGGAGCUGCCGCUGAGAACAGGAAGAGUGGCAACUUCUCCGGUUCAGCUUCCAACCUGGCUUCGCUCACAGCCCUGGCGAAAUCAGAAGGAGGAUCCACGCUGCGACCGGAGAAGAGCCAGAAAAAUGCGGAGAACAGGAAAUCCUGGGCAAACUGAGACAGCCCUACCCGCCGCGGCAAACACCGUGCAACGCAGCCGGGGGAGCAGGUCUUCUAGCUUCGGGAAGCUCAGCCAACCGUGUGAACUUCUAGUUUGUGGCAAACACUAAUGAAGGUUUUUUUUCCUCUGCUUUGGGUGAUUGACAUGUUAAUUCUUUGCCUUGUCAUGGUGCUGGAUCUACGUCCUUCGUCUCCUGUUACAAAUUGUGACGCUUCGAGGUAUGACUGAUGGCAGCCGGUGAAAGCUCGUGGCGGUGGGUGGGUGUAAGCUCUGCUCUCUUCCACCUUUCAGAGAAGGAAGAGACGCGUAAAUUGUUCAAAUUGUGGCAUGGCUUGCCAAUAGCUACAAAAUACUACCCACGCACUGGUGCUUCUCUCGGUGUGACUGGCAAGUCUAAAAAAAAAAAAAACCCUCCCCAAAAUAACAGUUCUUUUCUAAUUUCGUAAGAGCUGUGUCCAUAUCGUGUAAUACAUGGUGAAAGGGCAAGGUUAUAAUGAUUCCAGGCAGGCGGAGAAGCGAACAUAAAACUUUAUUUGGAAAUAGAGAACCCCCAAACCCCCUUUAUUUAAAAAAGCAGCAGCCCUUUGGUUAUGUGACCUGGGACCAGUGCCCGUUUUGAUUACUGUCCUGCUGUCCCUCUCUCCUUCUGUGGAAAUCAGCCCAAUCUUUCUGGCUGAUUUGUUGGGAACAGGAGAAGGCCCAUGACCCGCUCUGUAAUAUUUUUGAUCCCUUCCUUUUAGGAAAGAGGGGAGUUGAGCGAAUUUGCUGUCUAAUCUAUUUAAUGUGCGCUCUCACCGUGACAGAAUCCCCUCUCUCACUUGCCCCAAAGCACGGCAGGACCUUGUUCUCGUUGGUUCUGCCCGUGGGCCAAGAGGAUUUUUGCAGAGCUAUCGGCACUGAGUGCUUCGAUGUUCCCACCCAGCCUGUGGAGACACUUGGAUUUUUAUCAGUUGCGCAAAGCAGAGGGUCGCUGUCCUUGUAACGGGAUUAAUCCAGUCUAUUUAUUUCUAUUUAUUAUUUUAAAAUAUGAAAUGUUUGCGCUUUACAAUCAUCCACCGCCUGACGUUGCACAGAGGAGCUGCACUAGCACCAUACCGAGCGUCGAUCCAAAGAGGAGGUGCCUCCGUCGCCAGCUAAACCUGUCCCAGCGGCGCGCGAAAGCAAACCCGGCUGAACGGCUGAAGAGUCGUCCCCAAAACUCAUCUCUCUCUUGAAAGUGGGAGGUUUGGGCUGGCUUUUAUAAAACUUGAUUUUAUUUUUGGUAACCCUUGCUAGUUUUUUAACUGCCUGUGGCACAAAUCAUAUGUUACUGUACGUGUGUGUAUAGAUACACGUGCACAUAUCGACGUACACACACUCGUUUUGCUAACAAAUCAAGAAAGGCCACAGACUUUUAUAUUCUGAGCUGUUUAUAUCUUGUUCAGUCAUCACGGGGGGAUUGGACAGCUUGAGCAAUAGAAGUUUUAUCUAUGUGGGGAAUAUUUAGGAUGCUAAAUUAAUGAUUAAACUUUAAUAUGUAUCUAGUUGCUGCACGUGGGUAUCUAAGUGCCUUAGCCAUCUGGUUCAGAGGUCCAAGGGAAAGAUACAUUGUCAUCAAAGGAGGUAGGGAUGCUUAGCGAAGGAGAUAAUUAUGCUGAUUUACUGUAAUUAAUAUCAUUUAUGCAGAAGGAAUAAAAUUAAAAUAGAAACUAAUCUGUAGCAGAAAUAAGUGGGAUGGGUUACGAUGCAGCAUGCAUAGUACUGCCAGGGAUUCGUAUAUCCUUUCAGCUUUGUGUAACUAGUUUCAGUGUUUCCUAAAUUUUCAUAAAGAAAUCUUAAUAUAAAAUGUACAGACCAGCUUUUAAAGAUAUUUUUAGUGUACAGUUUUUCCUCCUUUUCCUUUGCACGAAGCUCCUGUCCGUUCAAGCCAAGACGACGGGAGAAAUUUAGUAAUAAAGAAUUCAGACGCUAAACCCCUGGUUUUUAAAAUUGUAACUGUUUUUAUAGACGUGAUUCAUGCAACAAAACGACGUUUCGUUUUUGGGGUGUGACGAGUCUUGCUGAUGAAAGACCACCCGCUAAUUAAUACGAUGCCUCCUAUACUGCCUUGUAAGUUUUCUAAAAUCCAUCUUUACCAUUUUUCUAAUUGCACUUUGUUCUGAUGUGCUGCAGAAAGUUAGCUAAUGUGAAACAGCCCCCUCACCGAUAGUUGUGUUUUUUAGUCUCAGCAUUUCAUUUACUGGAUUUAGGGAUAUCUUUAAAACUUCUUGAUGUUUGCUAGGUGGCCCCUUUGGGGGAGAUAUGAAGGGAAGAACCUGUCCAAGUCUUUUUGAAGCCUCUUUUCUUGCACCGCUGUCUCUGAAAACGGGAGUUCUGCGGGACCGAUGUGAAGGUAUCAAAGUCGCAGGAGUGAAAGGGUCAAGCAGAAAGCAGUUGGGUUAAUAGUUCACUGUUUAUGCUACCCGCUAUAAAUUCCUCUGGCCGUAUUUGUGCUACAGCUCUGGCCGCGUAAGGACGUAUUUCAGUGUUUGCACAUCUGGGGCACGUGGUCAGAGGCUGCAACCGACUGAUACGGGGUGGAUUUCCUCUUCCACCCGCCCUCGGUCGUGUUACAAAACUGUGCUGUGCGUAUUUAGAGGGGUAUGAAACACGUUUUGAACAGCACAUACUUGCUGCCUCCUCUAGGAUAACUUGUCCUGGAAGCAAACGCCUUAAAUAUGGCUGGUAUGUUUUCAAACUUCAGUGGAUGAUUAGCAUGGCGAAGUGGCUCUGUUAACAGAGCGCCUUGUUGACUUUGGUGGAGGGAGGAUUUUACUCGUAGCUCUCUUGGGUUUUGCCAUCUCCUUUGACUUUUGCAACUAAACCUCUCCUCAAAUGCCACCCUGACGCCUGCCCCAAAGAUGAAGCCACCCUAACCGAAUCACCCCGAUGCGGCACAAGCUCCAGAAAGCCAAACAAAUCCAAUUCGGCCAUGAGGACGUUCUUGGAGGACUUCUCUGACUCCCUCCUGCUCACCCCAGCUUUCCUGGGCACGUGAGGUUUCUUCUAAAGAUAUUUGCCAAGAUUUUGGCACAGGGAGGGCACGGCCCUCUACUCAAAGCCAUCUGUUACUUUGCACCGGCUAAGCCAACUAACCAGAAAACAGUUUAAAACCAUAAUGAAGGUAAUAUAGAUAUAUAUUUUUUAUUUGAUAACAUUAGAAAAACUCUACGCUCAGCAUAAAGGAGGCGGUGCUCUUAACUGGAACCGCCCAGCAACUGAGGCUGGCGUGUUAAUAGCUAUGCAUAUUUUCCAAGAUGUUCAUGCACUUUAUACAGGGAAGAAGAAUAUUUAAUGCAGGAACUGUAAUUUGUAGCAAGUGUCUCAUCUCCUGUGUCUCUGCUCAGUGGUGCAAGCUUGCUUUCUGUAUCUCUGAACCGUGGAUGGGUCUCAGAUUCUGGGCGUAGAAAAUUGUGUUGCUGGGUAGGAACCGUAAUGGUCCGGACCUGCGUCCGUAGCUCUGCAGGUCCCUGCCUCCGCACGGGGCGCGGGGUUCUGAAGCGUGGUGUCGUUUGCUCCGAGUCAGCCAAGAGGAUGCGCUUUUCAGAGAGACUUUUGGGGGUUUUCUCGAGCCAAGCCUUUUUCCUGUGUUAUGUUCAGCUCUCUCAUGGUGUUUUGAUCUCUGUGUCCAAAAGAACACCUUUUCAACUUGAGGGCCUUGGCUCUUUGCUGUUUAAUGAUGUAGUUUAGUUGAGGAAAACUAAUAGAAACGAGUUCUGCGUGGUAAUACUGCCUGAAUCCUUAAGAGGAGAGGCCAGUAGUUGAGAUGGAAGCUCCCCGCUGCCGCCCGCGAGGAGGGAUAUUCAACCCCUCUCUGCUCUCCUAUGAACCGAGAAACCCCCCUCGUUCCUACCUAUCGGUCGUGAAAACCUGUACCAAACGAGCUUGGGUGUUGUACGGACACGUUUGUACGGUAACGGAGCUGUUGAGGAGUCUCUUCUGUGUUGAUGCUUGUGUUGUCCUUGCGCUGGCACUGCCAGGUCUUUGCACAAGAAGUUCAGUUUUCACAGUGCCUUAUCCCUGGGUCAGCAACUGAUGCAGCGAGGGGCUGGGUUUCACACCGGCCUCGAGGCUGCCUGGCUUUUAGGAAAGGAAGAUCGUGACAAGCAAACGUGCAGACUGGUCACACUACAAAAUACUCUUGAGUUGGGGUCACAAGUUAAGUGUCUUGUUCUUAGAUCUCCUUUAUCCAUCUUUGCUUUGGUUUCUGUGCUCUCCACCCUCCUCCUCCUCAACCACCGUCAUAUUUUUCACCCCCAAGAAAGGCUCGGCUGCCGCUGUCUGCUGCGAGCCCCCGGCUCGGCUGGGUUCAGCCGGCGGCGGAGCCUGGCUAAGCCUUGAUCCUGGCUCUGGCAUCCGAACGCCGCAGCGGAGAGAGCGGGGACAGGGGUUGGGGCUCCUUAAACCCAGCGAGAGUCAGAAGUGCCCGGCGCAGAGCGGGAGGGAUGCGUUAAAGACAUUUCCCCUUCACCGGCCUUACCCGCUCAACAGGAGCGGCGCUUGUCUUCGGGAGGAGAAGGCAGCCGCUCUCCCCCUCUCUUUCCCCUGCCGAACUGAUUUGGAAGCUGAUAGAGGAGCCGCGCUCCGAGCCAUCACCGGCAGGGUGUGAAUCGGCGCGUUCCCACCUUGCUUCAGACAUCCUUGUCUUCAGCGCCGUUCCUCCCCGCGCGCCCAAAGCGUGCGCCAGGCCUCACUGCAGCCGACCUGCCUUUUGCUUUUUCACCACCGCUAACGUCCGCCGUGUCUUGGGAGAGCCUUUUCCAGCUCGUCUGUCUGUUGAUUUCUGUAAAUGUAGUGGGUCUGUAUAUAAAGAGUGGCUCUUUACGCUGUGGUAUUACGUGUCGAUCGGUGUACUUUAAAUGAGCUAAAAUCCAAAGAUACUUUGUAAUGAGCUGUGAAGUUUUUAAUUAUUUCUGUACAAUACUAAAUUACUGUAAUAUUGUAUUAUACAUGCAAUGCAGCCUGCAGUACCUAAAUAAACAUCUUCUUUAG